AUGGCUAGUCAAAUUAUUGUUGUCGGUGGUGGUCUCUCCGGACUUUCGGCUGCCCACACUGUGUUAGAGCACGGUGGUAAUGUCGUUGUAAUUGACAAGAACUCAUUUUUUGGUGGUAACUCCACCAAGGCCACCUCUGGUAUAAAUGGCGCUUUGACAAAAACCCAGAUAGGCAAGUCCCUCAAGAUUCCAGACUCCGUCGAACUCUUUGAACAAGAUACCCUUCGAUCGGCCCGCGACCUUGCUCGCCCAGAUAUUAUAAAGGUGCUUACGGGGAAUUCUGCAUCCGCAGUAGAAUGGCUUCAGAAUAAAUUCAAGCUGGAUCUUUCUCUCGUCGCAAGACUAGGAGGUCAUUCUCAGCCGCGUACUCACCGCGGUAAAGAAAUGUUUCCCGGUAUGACCAUCACCUAUGCUUUGAUGGAACAUCUCGAGUUGAUUGUUAAAAACCAACCCGACCGAGCCCGAGUUAUUAUGAAAGCACGCGCCACUAAAUUGAUAAAGGAGGGUGAUGCAGUUGUUGGCGUCGAAUAUGUCAAAGAUGGUCAGACAUUUAAGGAAUACGGUCCUGUGAUCUUGGCUACGGGUGGUUAUGCCGCUGAUUUUACCGAAGAUUCAUUGUUAAAAAAAUACCGCCCCGAUAUAUACCAUCUACCCACCACUAACGGAGAUCACUGCACCGGCGACGGUCACAAGAUGAUUCUUGCCAUUGGCGGAAAAGGAAUUGACUUUGAAAAAGUUCAAGUUCAUCCGACUGGUUUGGUGGAUCCAAAGGAUCCCGACUCUAAAAUCAAAUUCUUGGCUGCCGAAGCUCUUCGGGGUGUAGGUGGCUUGCUAUUAAAUGCCGAAGGAAAACGAUUUUGUGAUGAGUUGGGUCACCGUGAUUAUGUUACCGGAGAAAUCUGGAAAACCAAGAUGCCAGUUCGUCUAGUGCUUAACGGCAAAGCCUCAAAAGAAAUUGAAUGGCAUUGUAAACAUUAUUCCGGCCGUGGUUUAAUGAGGAGAUUCACUGGUGAAGCGUUAGCGAAAGAAAUGGGUAUUUCUGUUUCACAAUUGAGAGCCACCUUUGAUGAAUAUAAUGAAAUAGCGGCAGGCAGAAAGAAAGAUCCUUAUGGCAAGAAGUUCUUCCACAACACGCCAAUUUCUGUCGAUGAUGAGUUCCACGUCGCCUUAAUGUCUCCCGUUCUACAUUACACGAUGGGUGGUGUCGAAAUCAAUCCUGAUUCGGAAGUCAAAGACGUACAAGGAAAAAUUAUACCCGGACUUUACGCAUCUGGAGAAUUAGCUGGGGGUGUUCACGGGGCAAAUAGAUUGGGUGGUUCAUCUCUUCUGGGAUGCGUGGUGUUCGGUCGAGUUGCCGGUGACUCUGCAGCGCGUUAUCUUCUCCAAAAUUUAUCUAGUUCAACUGCCAGUCGUCGUCUUGGUCAAAUCGCUGGACAAUUAUCUCCGUAUCAGACUACCGUGUCUAUAGACCCAAAUAAUAAAAAAGUGUUUUUGGAAAUCUCAUGGGAUCAACAAGGCGGAGCUGUAAGUCAACCUGUUCAACCUCAGUCUUCCGCUCCAGCGACUGCACCUGCUCAACCUGAGAAAACCGAAGCACCCAAACAGUUGAAAGAUUAUACCCUUAGCGAAGUGGCCAAACAUAACACCGAAAGCGGUGAAUAA